AUCUUGUCUCCUUUCCUUAAUAUAAUAUAAAACAUUAUAUUCUAUUAUGGCAAGGCAAACGACAUUACCCAUCUUCCGGCAAAAACGAAUAAAUCCUAAUCUUGUCGUGCCUCGUAGAUGUGAACUGCCUAUUGCGAUAUUAAAGGCAUCAAGUCUUGCACCUGCAGCAUUAAAUAGUUUUUAUAACCUAAAAAAUGCCUGGAAUGUUCCUAUAAGAGAUACAGGUGGGCCCUUGAUAAUUCAAACAACAGAAACUGAAUUUUAUAUAGCAAUUCUUUGGUGUGUUUUAGCAGGUUACUGGAACUGGGUUUUAGCUACAAGCAUGAUGAAACAAUGGCUUUACCAGUACGAAAUUAAACACGCUAUUACUCGACUCUUAAUGCUCAUUAUAAUAUCUUGGUGCUUAUCUAGCUUCAUUCACUCUUUGAUGAAUCCUAAUGAUCCUGUCCUGAUCCAAAUAGUUAUUUGCUUUGUAUUAUUUUUAUCCAACUUUUUAAAACUUACGUUUAACGCUAGAACGAAAUAUAGUCAAAAGAUAGAAGACGUCUUGCCCACAACAACACAAUUAAAUCUUAAUAGUAAAGCAGUUCGUAUUUUGUUAUUGCCAUUGUUAGUUGUCAUGGGAUUAUCAGCCUUUGGGUUAACAGGUCAAAUUCAUCAUUUACAAUAUGGAUCUGUUUUGUUGAUGAGCCAAGAGAGAUUUGCAUUGAAUACAACAAUCGUAGAUCCUAUCUUUGGCAAUGGUGUAACUAUAUUAGUCUUGAUUUUUUCUUCAUGGACUUCUCAGGCUGCAGAAAGACGAAAGUUAUUAAGAGAAACAACAUUACAAUGGAUGGGUCAAGAAGAAGAUACAACAAUGAUAUAUCGUUUUGUAGUAGGCCAACCACCUUCUUCAAAUAUUCAGUCAUGGUUGGGUCCUGAUUUGAUUGCAGAAUCAGAGAAAUAUCAUGAUAUCUUGAUCGUUCCCGCUCCAGAUCGACUUUUAUCUGAUAAAAGUAAAAAAGUGUUUGAAGCUUUUAAAUAUGCUUCUUCUGUAGUUCAAUAUGAUUAUCUUGUCAAAACAGAUGAUGAUGUAUUUGUCCGAUAUGAUGUCUUGAAUAGAGAAAUGAAUGAUUUAGGACAAAAGGACAAUUAUUGGAAAGGCUUUGUUAAUAGGAAUAUGCCAGUGAAUUAUUAUAAUCCUACUUAUCAUUUGGAAAAUGAUUAUUCUAUGCCUGUUUUGCCAACAUUUGUAUCAGGCAUUCUUUAUAUACUCUCACGAAAUGUAGUAAAUCUGAUUACACAAACUAAUUAUCCGCAAAGAUAUAUCGACAAAGAUGAUGUAAAUGUGGCUCUUUGGCUUUUUGGCUUUGAUAUUGAACCUAUCCAUGACAAACGAAUUCAAGAUGAUGUAGAUGUAUGUGAAGAGGAUUUUAUUGCAAAACGGUUAAAUCAAGAUAAAUUCAAGUCACAAUUGCUACUUAUGUACGAUCAUGUUUUAACAGAUAAAAGACUAUGUACAGGAUUGAAUCCAGUCAAGAAAUGUGCAUUGUGUUAUUCAUGUCAUGGGAAAUCGAAUGAUUGGCGAGCUAACAAUCUUGAAUGCGAUACAACUCGAGGUGUGACUCUGAAGAGACAAGCUGAAUUCAAAACAAUUUCUGGAUCCGUUGUUAAGGAUGCUCUUGAACCUUCUAUUAUUGGUGUAAAUGAUGAAUGGAUUGUGAAAGAUAUACUUUCAGCGCGUACAUCCAUUUACUCUGAAGAUGAAGCAAAUUGGCAUUUACUUUAUUGGGUUUGUUGGACAAGUGAGCCUUCGACUUUUACAGACCGACAUUGGCGAGCUAUUGAGAUGGUAUGGAUUCAUGAGCCUGAGGCAGCUAUUUUCAUGAUCUCCAAUACUUUGCCAAAGAACUUUUUCCAAGAAUAUACACAACGCGGUUAUAAUAUUAAUGUAGUCUCCUUUAACAAAGAGAGUCUAUUAAAGUGGCAUUGGUAUUUUGGACCUGGUACACAGGAUUGGAUUCUUGAUUGGGAUAAAUGGGAAAAUGGAAGGUUCUUUUACUGGCAUUUGACCGAUUAUAUUCGUUGCCUUUUACUCUAUAAUUAUGGUGGCACCUACAUGGAUAUGGAUGCACUCUGGAUUCGUAUUCCACCUAAUCCAAAUCUAGAAUUUAUUGGUUCUGAUUAUUCAAGCAUUGUUUCUGAUCGUAAAUGGACAUUAGAUAAUGAAGGCUUGUAUCUACCUCAGGGGCUUAUGCGUUUUAAACGUGGAUGGAAAUUGUUUCGUGAGAUGGCAGAGGGUGCAUUCUCUGCUUAUAACUAUGAUCCUGAAUGUUUCAAUUGUGGUGGACCUAAGGCGAUUACAUCUUAUGUACGUGAUCGUCGAGCUGUUCUGGAAGAUGCUGGCAUGACUAUCUUGCCUCGUGAAAUUCUCUAUCCUUUCAGUUAUCUUGAAAUUCACAAACUCUUACAGCCUAAUCCCUUGGCUGAGCAAGAUAUGAAGAACAUAAUUGAGCCUUUAAGCUGGAACAUUCACUUGUUUGGCAAAAUGACCAAUCAUCUACCUGUUCAACCAAACAGUGUUAUUGAUUAUGUCUUUAAGAAGUUUGACUUGGAUAUACCUCAUCGUGAUACAAGUACACAUAAAAUUAUUUCUUCUACACACUCGAUGGAAGUCCCUAUGAAGUUAAUCGGUCCUCGCGACUACAUUUAUCGAGCUGUAUCAGCACGUAUGUUGGAGGAUGAUAAAGGUCAAAUGCUAAUAUUUCAACCAGUACCAGGCAAAUUCCAAGGCAUUCAUGUUAUUUAUGUUCGUGGAGGCCCAUCUGGCUUUAUGCCUGAGGUCAUGAUUGAAUUAGAAACAACGAUUGGCUAUAUACGUUUAAACAAUGCCACUAGCUUUGAAAAGCGAACGACUCAUGUUAUGAAGCAUGUGACGAUGAAGGAAGUGAAUCGUGUAUUGAAUUCGAUUGAAUAUAGUCCUGCAAAACUAAUGGCAGCUAAUGGAGGUCGUGAUCGACUCAAGGUAUCUAUUGUUUAUGAUAAUGGGAUAAAAACAGAGAAAGAACAAUUGCAGAUUGCUAUUAUUGUUGUUGAGCCUGAAGAAGAAGAUGAAAAGGCUGAGAUAAUAGAAAAUUAGAUCCAUUUUCCUCCUUCUCCUCCUCCUCCCUCUCCUCUUUCUCUUUCUCUUUCUCUUUCACACACACACA